GGCGUAUAUUGAAUACGGUGACGUGACGCGGUUGGGAUUUUAAGUUGAUUCUGAAAACCAACGACGUGGUCCGUGCGGCGUUUUCAUCCCCAUGUUACUUCCAUCAUGUCUCCUAACACUUACUUUCGCUUCGAUACAAGUUUACGCCCAACUAUCUCUCCCUUCACCACCCUGGCUUCCAGCUAAUGCAUCUGCCGGAGCAGUUGCCACUACUGGUAGUAAUACUUCCGUCCCGAAUGAACAAUGGUCUACUCUGCUAGGCGAUCUGUUGUAUUUUUAUGAGGCGCAGAGGAGCGGGAAGUUACCGAGCAAUAACCGAGUCAGCUGGAGAAAUGAUAGCGCAACUAGUGAUGGAAGCGAUGUCGGAUUAGAUUUGACUGGAGGGUAUUAUGAUGCUGGAGACUACAUCAAGGUCUCUUUCCCGCUGUCAUUUACACUAAACUCGAUAUGCUGGGGGGGUAUAGAUUUUGGUAUGGGCUAUGAUUUGAGCAAUCAAACUAGCUAUUUGGACAGCAUGCUUCGCUGGGGAUUGGAUUGGUUGAUCAAGAUGCAUGCAAAUACUAGCACUCUGUAUGUCGAGGUCGCUGAUACCGGUAUAGACAAUGCCUACUGGGGUGGCGAUCAGAACAUCCCAGGUCCACGUCCUUCAUUUCAAAUCAACGAUACUUCCCCUGGCACAGACGCAGCAGCAGGUGUCUCUGCUGCCUUCGCUUCUUGCUCCUAUUUAUAUUACGGAGGAACAUUGAGCCCUACCACUAUAGGAAAGAGCAGUGUCAAUUCCACUGCUCCCGCUUCUUUGAAAAAUACAACUUACGCAGAUACCCUCCUCAUUCAUGCCGUCGAGCUAUACGAACUUGCUGUCAAUGCGUCUGGAGGAAUGACGCUUUAUCAGAAUAGUGUUCCGGAGGUGCAGGAUAGCUAUGCCAGUAGCGGAUACGGUGAUGAGCUGGUCAUGGCUGGCCUGUGGUUGAGCCUUGCUGUGAAUGCGUCGCAAAAUGCCAACUCCACCCUCAACAUCACCACUCUUAGUCCCCAACAGUACUACUCCCUUGCUGAAUCUUACUACAGCCAGUUCGAUCUUGCGGGUCAAAAUUCAGUGUUUAACUGGGACGAUAAAACUGCUGGGACAUAUAUAUUGUUUGCGCAGAUGUCAUCUUUAGGUUUUGAAGGAGCAGGUAACUUCUCACAGUGGCAAACGGAAGCGGAAAGAUAUUUGGAUGUCGUGGUGGACCCUUCGAGUAGCAAAGGAGAUGCGUCUUUGACGAAAGGUGGUCUACUAUACUAUUCGGGAGACUCGAAUGACGCGUCACUCAAUCCGGCGCUGAACGCCGCGAUGUUGUUGACAAGAUAUGUUGCAUCUGGACUCUGUAGCAGUAAUGACAAGAAGGCGACCUAUCUCUCCUUUGCUCAAUCUCAACUCGACUAUACGCUAGGAAAUAACCCCAUGUUCGUUCCCUACAUCGUUGGUCUUCAUCCUAAUUCCCCUAUAAAUCCCCACUCGGCAAUGUCUUCCGGCGGAGAUGAUAUUGGUCAGAUUGAUACUUCCCCUCCUCUCAGCCAAGGAAAUACCUACGUACUCUACGGCGCCGUUGUUGGAGGCCCUGACCGCUUCGAUCGAUUCUUCGACAUACGAAGUGAUUGGGUCGAGAAUGAAGUUGCACUAGACUAUAACGCGCCAAUGCUCACCUUGACGGCGAUGCAUAUAGUGACAGAUGAUAUUGAUCCGUAUUUCACACAAGUUACGGUGGGGGCAAACGAGAAAGUGAAGCCAAAGGGACAACCGUGUGACGAUGCGAUACAAGACGGGUGUUCAGGCCACCGCUUAAGUGAGGGAGGAGAGAUUGCGUUGGGUGUUGUUCUUGGAGUUGUGGGACUAGUUGUCGUAGGGCUCUUAGCGGUGUGGCUUUGGAAGUUACGGAGUACAGGGAGUUUCGGAGGGAAGGCUUGAUGAUAUCAACCAUACCACGCGCAAUUGAUUUUUUGGGUGAGGAGUAAUAUACUCUCAGUAUACCCAAGAUUCAGAGAUUGGACAACUUCGUUUUUUUUGGGUACGAUGCACGAUCGGACUGCACACUAUGUUUUGACACUAUGUACGCUUUCAUCUAUCUUUUAUACCUUAGUGGAUGGAUGCUGUAGAUCUUAAUUGCCUCUU